AUGUCGCGAUAUCGCAAGCCUCUUUAUAUCAUCACUGGACUCAAGAUCGUCAGAGGGGCAAAGACUGCCGUGACACGCCGGGAACGUGGAGUCGGUGCUCAGCUUGGUGUUGAGGUGGACGGAACGAUUUGGAGCGGAGGGACUGUUCCUUUGGGUGGUGGACCAGAGCUCGAUAUUGGAAGAUCAAAGUCGCAGGAGGUCAGCUGGAAGGAAAGCGGUGAUUUCGUUCUCGCCUAUCGAGUCAGAAAGAUCAAAGUCAAUAAGAGGACGAAUGGUGUGACAAGAGAUGAAGACUAUAUCAAAGGCGCCAUGCUAGGAGUUGAUUCCCAGGGGAUAUCGGGUGAUUUGAUUGACAUUUCGGAUGGUGAGCAGUUCGAUUUGGAAGAGCAAGACUGGGAGACGACCAGUGUUGUGGAAGGGGAUGAAAUGCUCAAUAUAGCCAUGCCUAAAUUGAAAUAA